UGGUUCCUCCGUUGCUUCAGUUCCUUACAGCUUGCUGCAGGGGGUGGUAGCGAUGGCAGCUAAGUGCACGACGAUGGCAGCAGCAACGCAAUCAGCGUUUCUGUUAGCGCACUCUUCUUCCUCUAGUCUGUCAUCUCGUGUUGCGAUUUUUCCGCUGCAGUUGAAUUUUGUGACGAAGGUCUCCUCGGGUGAUAGCCAAUUAUGUCCGGAGAGAAGGAUUGGUGGAAAUGCGACCUUCUCCGGAGGUCGUCACGGGUUAUCGGUGGUCGCAAUGGCGAAGAAGGGGAAGAAGAGUGGCGGAGGCAGCGUUGUGCAAAAGGAGCGGACUCCUAGUAGCGAAGGAGGCGCCAAAGAGACUGCGUAUGCUAAUGAGACCAGAAAAAUUAUUCUCAGCGUUCAUAAGCUCAAGAAGGUGACGCCCAUGGGGAAGGAGCUUCUCAAGAACAUUAGUCUGGGGAUGUACUAUGGGGCCAAGAUUGGUGUUCUCGGACCCAAUGGUGCUGGAAAAUCGACGCUGAUGAAAAUUCUUGCGGGAGUAGAUAAGACUUUUGACGGAGAUUUGUACUUGGAACCCGGAAUCAAAGUGGGCUAUCUUUCACAGGAGCCAGAGUUGAAGGAUGGGUUAACUGUGAUGGAGAAUAUUGAGCCUGCGUUAGCUGAGACACGCAAGCUUCUCGCAGAUUUUGAGAAGGUUAGCACCGACAUGGCCAAUCCAGAUGCGGACAUGGACAAGCUCAUGGUCAAAAUGGAGCAACUGCAGAAUGCCCUUGAUGCUUGCAAUGGUUGGGAGCUAGAGCGACAACUUGAGCGCGCAUUGAAUGCCCUAAGGUGCCCUCCUGGUGAUGCUUUAAUUUCAAACUUAAGUGGUGGCGAACUUCGCCGAGUUGCUCUGUGUCGCCUCCUGCUUCAGACCCCAGACAUAUUGUUACUCGACGAGCCUACAAAUCAUCUGGAUGCGGAGGCAGUGGCUUGGCUGGAGCGAUACUUGGCUGAGUUCAAAGGGACGGUUGUUGCAAUUACCCACGAUCGCUACUUCCUUGAUAAUGUGGCUGGUUGGAUUCUAGAGCUUGACAGGGGACAGGGCAUUCCUUUUGAAGGAAAUUACUCAUCUUGGCUUGAUUCGAAGGCGAAACGCAUGGAAUCAGAAUCCAAGCAACAAUCAUCACUGCAGCGCAAUAUUCAACGUGAGUUGGAAUGGAUUCGUACGAAUGCAAAGGGACAGCAGAAGAAGGGCAAGGCAAGAGAACGAGCCUACGAAGAACUCUUACAGAAGGCUAGCGAGUAUCAGAAGGCGGAGAAGUUGGAAUCAAUGUUUAUGCCUCCAGGACCUCGUCUUGGUAAUGUAGUCGUUGAAGCCCAGAGCCUCCAGAAAGGCUUCGAUGGACGCCUGCUUAUUAACGGCCUCUCAUUCAGCCUACCCCCUGGAGGUGUGGUGGGAGUGAUCGGAGGCAAUGGCGCCGGCAAAUCAACCCUUUUCAAAAUGAUUUUAGGCCAGGAUAGUCCCGAUGGAGGGGAACUAAGAGUAGGAGAAACGGUGGCUCCCCUAUACAUUGACCAGUCAAGAGAAUCGCUUGAUCCAGAGAAAUCUGUCUUCGAAGAGAUUACCGAUGGGCAGGAGGAGAUUUUCAUAGGUGAAAGGAAGGUCAAUGGAAGGGCAUACUGCUCGUGGUUUAAUUUCAAAUCGGGAGAUCAACAGAAGAAGGUCGGCAUGCUUUCAGGCGGAGAACGCAAUCGAUUACAACUUGCAAAGGUCAUGAAGAAGGAAGGCAACCUUUUGUUGCUGGAUGAGCCAACAAACGACUUGGAUGUAGAUACCCUUCGAGCUCUGGAGGAUGCCAUUCAGGAUUUUGCAGGCUGUGCUGUUGUCAUUUCCCACGACCGCUGGUUCUUAGAUCGACUUGCCACUCACAUCUUAGCUUUUGAAGGAGACUCGCAGGUGUACUAUUACCAGGGCUCUUAUACCGAGUAUGAAGCCGAUCGGAGAAAGAGGCUAGGGAACAAGGAGCCAACAAGGAUGAAAUAUGCUACGCUGGCCUGAGUUUUUCAAACCUCAUAAAUACCUGUAGCUUCAGGAACAUCUGAAACUAAAGCAACACACGGCAUAGGUGUCUAACCCUUUAUGUGUUGAUAUCCUUUGUUGGAAGCCGAGUAUUGAAUACCAAGGUCAUGGCAAUUAUGCUGCUACGUGAAUGGAACGAAGAGUAAGUAGAAUCAUUCCAUUCCCAAAUUUUAUGUAAGAAAUUAUCGUAUCACAAAUUAAAGGAGAAUGAACGGCAGCCUGAAUGUAUCUGCUUCUUCUGCUGUUACAUUCAACCAAUUGAUUUUGUCCAGCAGGUU